UGGGUGGGGAGAAGGAGGCUGGUGAGGGUUAAUGGGUAUUGGGCCACUGAAGGCAGGGAAUGCCAGACCAAGGAGAGUGACCCCGGGCAGGGUAACAUAGAGUCCCCUGAGCUCUUCCCACCCCAAUCACAAGCUCUUAUUUUAAAUAACCAAAUCAUCAGGGGUUUCUAAUGGCUGCCUUUCUCUCACAAUAUCAUCUUAUGUAUGUUUACUCUGAAUUAAGCCCAAUCUCGUUUAGUGGGGCUUAGUCCCUGCUAGCCUAAAGUGUGGUACUAUGUGGGUCUACUCAGAUGGAAAUCCCAUUGGGUUCAAUGGGCAACCCUCCCAGGUAAUUGGGGAUAUGAUUGCAGCAGAAGCUGAUUUCAGCUAUCUUCUCCUGGGGAAUGAGGAGGAGGGUUUAACCCUGGCACAUAAGGUAGCAAUGCCUUGUGUACUGAACUUCCGAUAUUUUUGCGAUACAAACCAGUAUGUGAAAUAGUACAAAUGACCAACAUAGCACCUUGGAUGUCCACAUCUGGGAAUAAGUUCCAUCGCAGUGAGCUAGAUUUACUUUUGGCUGACUAUUUGGUUAACGGAUGUUUCAUUUUAGAAAAGGCUUUCUGCAGCAUCUAAGACUUGGUGUUUGGAUAUAGCCACAGUGCUAUAUGAAUUUUAUGUAUGACAAGCAAAAAUGAACAGCACCAUGAGCGAAGAGCCUGAUGCGUUAUCUGUAGUUAAUCAGCUGAGGGACCUUGCAGCUGAUCCCCUAAACAGAAGAGCAAUUGUCCAGGAUCAGGGAUGUCUACCAGGCCUUAUUUUAUUUUUGGAUCAUCCCAAUCCCCCAGUUGUCCAUUCAGCCCUACUGGCUCUCCGCUAUUUGGCGGAAUGUCGUGCCAACAGAGAAAAGAUGAAAAGUGAACUAGGUAUGAUGCUGAGCUUACAAAACGUUGUGCAAAAGACCACCACACCAGGAGAGACAAAAUUGUUGGCUUCUGAAAUCUAUGAUAUUCUUCAGUCUUCCACAAUAUCCGACGUUGACAAUGUGAAUGAGAUGAAUUCGCGGCGCCGGAAAGCUCAGUUUUUCCUGGGAAGUACAAAUAAACGUGCUAAAACAGUCGUGUUACACAUAGAUGGCCUUGAUGAUUCGUCUCGGAGAAACCUUUGUGAAGAGGCCUUGCUGAAGAUUAAAGGGGUCAUCAGCUUCACAUUUCAAAUGGCAGUUCAAAGAUGUGUAGUCCGAAUCAGAUCAGAUUUGAAAGCAGAGGCACUGGCAACAGCAAUAGCAUCAACCAAAGUUAUGAAAGCCCAGCAAGUUGUGAAAAGUGAAAGCGGAGAAGAGAUGCUGGUUCCAUUCCAAGAUACUCCUGUAGAAGUGGAACAGAAUACCGACCUCCCUGAGUAUCUGCCAGAAGAAGAAAGCCCUUCGAAGGAGCAAGACAAAGCAGUGUCCCGGGUUGGAUCACACCCAGAAGGUGCAGCCAGCUGGCUAAGCUCAGCUGCAAACUUUCUCUCCAGAUCCUUUUACUGGUGACUUUGAGUCAAGGCUUACAGGACUGUGUGAACCAACAGGGGGCCAGUUUUCCAUUGGUGUGGUGAACUGCCAAGUGCAAUUUGCAAUAAGUUAUCACAACAAAUUUUUAGACUACACAAAACAUACGCUGUCUUUUACAUUUUGUUGGACAUUUCAGGCUGGUGAGAAAGAUGGAGGCAUUUGUUAAUGCCCUUGCCCUCACCUCUGUUCUCAUAUGUUUUAUUGCCUCACUUUUUAAUAUGGGUCCAUGAUUAACCAAACUUUGUUGAGUGUAUAGAGCUUUAAGUUAAUAUUAGUGAUAAACACAUACAGAACCCAUUCAGUACAAAUCUCAGGACAUCUGUACAAGGAAAUUGUUAGCCCUUAAUUUUGCAUAGAUUGAAAUGCCUUUUUUCUUUUUAUUUUGCCUUAUUUCAGAUUAUAUAUUUCCCCUGGAAGGUCAUUCUAAUGGGGGAAAACCUGAAUUGUUUACCAUUUAUUCCCUUCCUCUGCACACUUGGUUCAGAGCUGGUAUGUCAUUAUUCCACUUAGUGCGUUGCAACAAGAAUGAUUCAAACUUGAACUUUACAGCCCUUGAUGUGCUGGGAUUUUUUGUUUUGUUCUAAACUGUCAGCCCUUCACCACUCACAAUUUGAACAUUAGUAAAUAAAUGAAGGUGGAAAUGUGAGCGUGUAAGUAAAUAAUCUGUAAAAACAAAAAUAAUGCUUGUAAUGAUGCCUAUGACUUUGUAAAUAUGAUCAGAAACCACUGAUUGCAAUUUAGGUUGGAUAAAGAAGUUCUGGUUUCAAAAGUUGCAACCUGCUCCAGUGACAUCUUGGUUGCAGAAUUUGUCUGUGGUAGAAAGUGUGAUGUUGGCCUUACUCUGAUACUGUUUUCAAUUGGUUUAAUGAGAGCUAAAAAUGUAACAUAGUGGCCAG